CACGACUUGUAUUAAUUAUACUUUACUUGGAACAUUUCGAAACAAAUCACUGUUCUCUUGACGUCUGCCAGAACACGUGUUGUCUCAAUCCUAGUCUCCUCCCACCUUAUAAUAGCCGCCCUUUUGACAAAUAUUUUUCAAAACAGAAAUAAAUAAAUAACAAAACAAAACGAAAGGAAAAUUUUGAAGACCAAACAAAAGGAAUAUUUUUCAACGGUGGCGAACCAACGAGGCCAAGGCGAGCAUGCUCAUUUCCCGGCGGCGUGGAAUCAAGAAAGCGGCGCCUCAAACACCUCCGGCGGCUGUUCCUCCACAGGGUACUUCAACGAUCGGCAAGAACAACGGCCGGACUACCUGCUAUCGUCUCUCGGGCCGCCGCCGACGAUUCGGGCGGUCGCCGGAGACCGGCGGCACAGCGGCGAGAACAGGAACACGGUGAUGCCGCCGCCGUAUACUGGUGGCGGUGGUGUUUGGGGAAGAAAUAUUGGCGAGAGUUAUCCUCUGUUGGAGCAGUCGUCUUCGAGUUCGGGGGUGAAGAGGAUGCACGGCCGAGAAGAUGGCGGCGCUAUGUUGCCGGAGGAAGUUCAGAGGGUUUAUCGGGGUUUUGGAGAUUCCUCGUCUUACGUUGUUAAAUCAGAGCCACCGACAACCACCACCACCACACAACCACCGCCACCUCCCACCACCUUCGCCGGAACAACCGGCCAAAGACGGCAAAAAUACCGAGGAGUCCGUCAAAGGCCGUGGGGCAAAUGGGCCGCCGAGAUUCGGGACCCACAGAAAGCCGCUCGUGUGUGGCUCGGCACAUUCGACACUGCCGAGGCCGCCGCCCGAGCCUACGACGAGGCCGCCCUCCGUUUCCGCGGCCACCGCGCGAAGCUCAACUUCCCCGAGCACGCCCGCAUCCCACCGCCACCUCAGCACCCGCCGCCCCACCACCAACUGCCGGCCGCCCCUCCGCCGCCACUUUCCGAGGCGGCCGCCGCCAGAGACUAUUUGGAAUACUCGCGGCUUCUCCAGGGCAGCACCGACUUUCAGCCGCCUCAAUCGACAUCGACAUCGACAUCUCUCGAGAGCUUAUUCUACUACGGCUCGUAUCAAAACCAACCGAGCGCGGAUUAUUAUUACCCGUCUUUUCCCGUUUUUCCUUCGUACGAUGAGCCGUGGUUUGUUUCUCAAUCGCCGUCUUUGAAUGUUGAUGAUUCCGUGCCGUUAGUGAGUGGGCAAACGAUACGUUUCGGGACUCCGGGAGAGGAUAGACCGGCACAAGGUGGGGGAUCCGGUUCGGAUUUUCCGGAGGGGCCGCGGAGGUUCGGGCACUAUCCUCCAUCGUCCUCCGCAUGAAAUUAUAUUUGAAGUUUUUGAGUUUCGUCUCUAUUUUAAUUUGCUAUUUUGAUUUUAUUUGUGGACAAAAUUAUUUUUGUACUUUUGUGCUAGGGUUUUGCUUGAAUUUAGGUUAGGUGAUGGGAACAAAUUCAUAUUAUUGAUUGUAGUCGUUUUGGUUUUUGAUAACAAUUCCUAUAAAAUCAAAUGUGGUUGGCCAAAGACUCUUUAUUAGGUUAUAAUGUUAAAUAUCACUUAUUUUCAAAAUCA